AAAGUGUUGAGAUUACAGGCGCAAGCCACCGCGCCCGGCAACAUGUACGAUCAUUAUGAAGAGGGCUAGUAACUGUGAGAUAUUUGCGAUGAAGUAGUAUCUGUCAAAACCAGUGCUCUGAAGCAAUUUAUGAUAUGAUGAGGCUUCAUACCUUCUUGCAGUACCCAUUUAUGCUGCCUUGACCACUGAAGUUGGUAUUGGGUAUACAAAGGUGAUCACUUUUACUCCUCUACAUUGAACAUUCAAGAAAUACUUUAUGUGCCUCCUUUAUAACAAAAUAACUAACUUUGCCUAGGGCAACAAAAAGGCUUUAUAAAGGAGUAAAUAUGUCAGCUGGCUCAUGUAGCAUCAAAAGGAAUUUGCUGAGCUCAACAGGAGAAGAUUAAUAAAGAACUCUUCAGAAUUCCUGGUGUUUCAUCAUAUAUACGACUGAGAUAUCAACCCUUCUAGCUUGCUGUUUCUGGACCAAAAAAAAAAUGACAUCUAUUAUCAAAUUAACUACCCUUUCUGGGGUCCAAGAAGAAUCUGCCCUUUGCUAUCUUCUCCAAGUUGAUGAGUUCAGAUUUUUAUUGGACUGUGGCUGGGAUGAGCACUUUUCUAUGGAUAUUAUUGAUUCCCUAAGGAAUCUCGACACAAUACAGAAGAUUUUACACUCUUUACAUUAGAUGAUGUGGAUGCAGCCUUUGAUAAAAUACAGCAGCUAAAAUUCUCUCAGAUUGUGAAUUUGAAAGGUAAAGGACAUGGCCUGUCUAUCACACCUCUGCCAGCUGGUCAUAUGAUAGGUGGAACAAUAUGGAAAAUAGUCAAAGAUGGAGAAGAAGAAAUUGUUUAUGCAGUUGACUUCAACCACAAGAGGGAGAUCCAUUUAAAUGGAUGUUCCCUGGAAAUGCUAAGCAGGCCUUCCCUACUUAUCACAGAUUCAUUCAAUGCUACAUAUGUACAGCCUAGAAGAAAACAGAGAGAUGAGCAGCUUCUGACAAAUGUCCUGGAAACACUUCGAGGUGAUGGAAAUGUGUUAAUAGCAGUGGAUACAGCAGGCAGAGUUUUGGAACUUGCUCAACUUCUUGAUCAGAUUUGGAGGACUAAAGAUGCAGGAUUGGGUGUUUACUCAUUGGCACUCCUAAAUAAUGUCAGUUACAAUGUGGUGGAAUUUUCUAAGUCUCAGGUAGAAUGGAUGAGUGAUAAAUUGAUGAGAUGUUUUGAAGACAAACGAAAUAAUCCGUUUCAGUUUCGCCAUCUCUCUUUAUGUCAUGGUCUUUCUGACUUGGCCCGAGUACCUAGCCCUAAAGUUGUACUUGCCAGCCAACCUGACCUGGAAUGUGGAUUUUCAAGGGAUCUCUUUAUUCAGUGGUGUCAGGACCCUAAAAACUCAAUCAUUCUAACUUACAGAACUACUCCUGGGACUUUAGCACGUUUCCUAAUUGAUAAUCCUUCUGAAAAAAUUACAGAAAUAGAGUUGAGGAAACGUGUGAAGCUUGAAGGGAAAGAACUUGAAGAAUACUUGGAAAAAGAGAAACUAAAGAAAGAAGCUGCCAAAAAGCUUGAGCAGUCAAAAGAGGCAGAUAUAGAUUCCAGUGAUGAGAGUGACAUUGAGGAAGAUAUUGACCAGCCAUCAGCUCAUAAGACGAAGCAUGACUUGAUGAUGAAAGGUGAAGGCAGUCGUAAAGGAAGUUUUUUCAAACAGGCAAAAAAGUCCUAUCCUAUGUUUCCUGCCCCAGAAGAAAGAAUUAAAUGGGAUGAAUAUGGAGAGAUUAUCAAACCAGAGGAUUUCUUAGUGCCAGAGCUUCAAGCUACUGAAGAAGAAAAAAGCAAAUUAGAAUCUGGUUUGACAAAUGGAGAUGAACCUAUGGAUCAGGAUUUAUCUGAUGUUCCUACUAAAUGUGUUUCUACAACAGAGUCUAUUGAAAUAAAAGCCCGGGUUACCUACAUAGACUAUGAAGGACGCUCUGAUGGGGAUUCCAUUAAAAAAAUCAUUAAUCAGAUGAAACCACGACAGUUGAUCAUCGUCCAUGGCCCACCAGAGGCCAGUCAAGAUCUGGCAGAGUGCUGUCGCGCCUUUGGUGGGAAAGAUAUUAAAGUGUACAUGCCAAAGCUACAUGAAACAGUUGAUGCCACUAGUGAAACUCACAUCUACCAGGUGAGGUUAAAAGACUCACUUGUCAGCUCUCUUCAGUUUUGUAAGGCAAAAGAUGCUGAAUUAGCUUGGAUAGAUGGUGUCUUAGAUAUGAGAGUUUCCAAAGUGGACACAGGGGUUAUUUUAGAAGAAGGAGAACUAAAGGAUGAUGGAGAAGACUCAGAGAUGCAAGUGGAAGCUCCCUCAGAUUCUAGCGUUAUAGCACAACAAAAGGCCAUGAAAAGUCUGUUCGGAGAUGAUGAAAAAGAAACAGGUGAAGAAAGUGAGAUCAUUCCUACUUUGGAACCCUUGCCACCUCAUGAGGUUCCUGGACAUCAGUCAGUUUUUAUGAAUGAACCAAGACUGUCAGACUUCAAGCAAGUUCUGUUACGGGAGGGGAUUCAAGCUGAAUUUGUAGGAGGUGUACUUGUUUGCAACAAUCAAGUAGCAGUCCGCAGAACGGAAACUGGACGCAUUGGAUUAGAAGGCUGCCUUUGUCAAGAUUUUUAUAGGAUAAGAGACCUUUUAUAUGAACAAUAUGCCAUUGUAUAAAGGACAUGAUGUCAAGAAGUAUCUGCUUGACCUUUCUAAGAAAAAGGGAUUCUUAUCUUACUCUGAGCUUUUGAUGUUUUGUUUUGUAACAUACAAAAAGAAUCUGCCAGAAAAACUUACAUGUAUUAGAUUUUUAAAAAUAUAGAGAACAUUUUGCAAAUGCUCAAAUGAGCAUUCUAUCUUUUGGCUUUCAGAAUGAUAGAGCUCCUAACAGGUGCACAGGCCCAAGAGUUGAAGGUGAUUGGUUUUCUUUACAGACUCCUUGUUCUAGAAGGGCUUUUUACUUGAAUAAAACAAUGCAACUUAGCAAACCAAUUCAUGGCCUUAGAGAAACAUUUUUGCAUGAGUUCUUACAAACUGUUUGUUAUAUUUUCUGGAAUGAUAAGUGAGAAUUAUUUAGAAAAGACAUGCUCCAAAAAAAAAAACAAAACUGAUAAAACAGUUUUUCGAAGCUUAUUUUUAAAAGCAUACAUGCUACGACUCUCUUCAGUUUGAAUAUGCAGUUGUUUUCACAGGCAGGAUGUCUGUUUUCUGCCUAUAUUUCCCAGUGAUUUACUCUAGGGUAAGGUAGUACACAUUUGGUUCAGAAAUCAAUUUUUAUGUCUCCUAUAUCUUGUUUUAUCAAGUUUUGUUGUGGCAUUUCAAUGUAAAUUAUAACACCAUCAUUUGAGUAUACAUAAUUCAAAAGAACUCCUUGAUGCAGUAUAGUCUUAAGGGUUCUGCAUCUUAGCCAUAAGUUAGGUCCUGUAUUAAACUGUUUAGUGCUCUGUUUUUAAGAAAACAAAUGUUGAACCUCACACUUCUAUGUGGUGACAGUGUAAUUUAAUUAAAAGGUGUAAAUGUUUUCAUCUCUUAGGCUUGCUGUCUCCUAAGGUCACCCAAGCAGUAGUUGGAUUUUAUACACAUUACUACUAAAAUAAUACUGAAGUUGGAUAAGGUUAUCCUUUCUGUGUUUGUGUCUUUCUUGUGACUAACCACCCUGAUAAAGUAUUAACCACUGUGUUCAAGAGUAAAAACAAUAUAUGCAAUUUUCAUUGAACUUAAAGAGUGAAAACCAUGUAAACUAUUGAAAAUAUUGUAAUCCAUUAAUGCUUUUUUAGAAUGGCAGAUCCUUGAUGUUUACUUCUCAAAUGGUUAAGCCCUCUUCUUUACUCUUAAUUUUUUUUUUUUGAGACAGAGUCACCCAGGCUGGAGUGCAGUGGUGAGAUUUUGGCUCACUAUAACCUCUUCCUCCAGGGUUCAAGUGAUUCUCCCACCUCAGCCUCCCAAGUAGCUGGGACUACGGGCACAUGCCACUGCACCUGGCUAAUUUUUAUAUUUUUAGUAGAGACAGGGUUUCACCAUGUUGGCCAGGCUGGUCUCAAACUUCUGACCUCAAGCGAUCCACCCACCUAGGCCUCCCAAAGUGCUGGGAUUACAGGCAUGAAUCACCACAACUAGCCUACCCUUAGAUUUUUGGAAAAAUCGACCUUCUUACUUUACUAUGUGUGGAACAACCCAGUAAUAUCAGACUUGAAUUACUAUUUCAUUCUAUUUCAAAUGCUUACAAAGCUUCUAUUGUUAGAUUAUAGUGUUAAUGCAAAGUUUACAGACUUUCGAUAUGGAAAACCAGAUAAACAAAACAAUGUUACAAAAGGCAAA